CCUGACCGUCAGCAAUCAAGCAUUCUAAUCCUUCUUUCUCCCUCCUUCUCCAACCUCGUCAUCUUUUACAUAGCAUCCUUCCACCGUGAAAUCACCACAUUCAUCUAUUCGGCGGAAUCCUCAGCUACAUCCAUUGGCCUUCGUACCGUCCACCCGCGGCGCAUAUCGAUCAUUCAGCUAGAUGAUAUCCUGAUAACACACUCGGUGUCGAAACCCCACCACCACGGCAUGUCACCUCCCUCAUCCUCUAGCGUAUGAGAACCGCCUCCCCGCACACCAUGCCGGCGCGCAACCCCCUUCCCAAACGAGCCGACAGCACCAACGACUCCAAAGCCGCCAUCCUCGUCGUCGUCAUCCUCGCCAUCCUCCUCUUCCUCGCCAUCCUCGCCUACAUCGUCCUCAAAAGCCUCCGCAAGCGCCACACCACCCCCACCUACGUCCCCACGCAAUUCCUCAAGCGCAAAUGGGAGGCGUGGAAUCCCGCGCGCAUCGUCUCCAAGGGCAACUACAGCGCGCGCUUGCAGGAGAAUGAUUCAGUGCCGACGCUGCAUCCGCGGAGUGCGAGGACCAGCACGUAUAAUUUGGGGGAGGUGGAGCAGCAGGGCGGGGUCGAUAGGCAUGCGAGCGUGCGCUCCGUCCUCACCCUCCCGGCGUACUCGCGGUCGGUGCGCGAGAAUGAGCGCGUGCUGGGGAGGGAGGGGGAGCGAGGUGGUGUAGAUACCGUUCUCGAACACCCGGAGACGGUGGAAGAGGAGGAGCAGCGGCGCGAGGGGGAGAUGGAGUCGCUGUAUCAGAUUCGAGUGCAGAGAAGGCAGGAGAUUGAGGAAAGGAAUGCGCGGCGGGAGGAGAGGAGGGCGGCGCGGGCGAGAGGGGAUACUGUUACGCUGGAGAGGCUACGACGCGAGGCGGCGCAACGGGCGUCGGACAGGGAACAAGGUGGUUCGGCGGCGAUGAUCGCGCAGCACCAAUCGCGCUCGCGAGAUCGCAGAGUGAGUAGCGUGAGCUAUGCGGAGCUGGGCGUCGCUCGCCACGAUGGCACGCGCAUCCGCGCCAACUCGAACGACAGCGACAACAGACCUCUUCUCGACUCCGCGGCCAGCAUGUCAGGCCGAACUGCCACCUCCACACAAGGUCGCGGUCGCUCGGCGAGCUCCGUGCUCUCCGUCUCCGAUGCAUCAGACUACGAAGGCGAGCUCCCGCCCUUCGCCCCCGCAACAGAUUUGGAGACUGUCACAUUGAACCAAGUGCAUUCUCGCAAUGGCUCGCGAACUCAUACGCCUUUGGCCAACCGCAGUCGCGCAUCCUCAUAUGGUCAACUGCAACAACCUCCACCCCUCGAUACCAGCGUGGACAUUGCCGACCACAGCAUAGUCCCCAGUGCGGAACCGCCAUCAUAUCAGUCCCCGGAUGGCUUCGAGGAUGUUCCGCCGUACACUUCCCCCGUGGAAACUCGGCAGCGGAUUUCUACCAUACCGGAGUCGUCGCAGCAAGCGAGUGCAAGACAGACGAGCUCACAGACCGGAGCACCGAUGCUGCCGCAGUUUGAACGACUCCCGAGUAUACGCAUUGCUGCUGCCACGCCAGUUGAGCCUGCUACGGGCGUGGAGUGGCCUUCGCCGAACAGGGAUUCGCGGCGGUGAUGGCCUGCAAAAUAUGAACGAUUUAGCGUAUUUGAUAAUGUCAGCGUAAUGUAUUGAAUGAAUGUCCGUCUUCCAG